GUCAAGGCACCAUGCAUUGGGAAGUCAUGCAAGAGAACUCUGAGGACAUCAGCUUCUUAGGAGGAUUUGUGAUUCCCAAACCAGACGGCAUUGCACAGAUGGAAGAAGGAGAAAUGGUCUUUGUCCAGGACUCUGAGGAGGGAGAAGCAUUUCCAGGAAGCCUCUCUGGUGACGAGGAUCCAAGCGAGAUCAAAGAGGAGUAUUCCCCGCAAGAAAACAGCGAGCCAGAGGAACUAUACAGCAUGUCACUGGAGAUAUCCCAAGGAAAGGCUUCUCUGGUAGCUGAGAUCCAUGAGUCAGGAUGCGACUCUGACAGAAAGAAGGGGUGGAAUGAAUCCGUGGAGGGUCCAGCGGCAAUGAAGGAAGCCGUGAGGCACACCAGGGUGAAUAAGUUUUUGCACUCCAAGACCAGCAAAUGGUAUCGCUGCAAAUCGGGACACAUCUCCAAUCAGAUGAUCCCCGCCGGAGCGUCCGUUCAUGAGUGCCUCAUCUGUGGGAAACGCUUCCAGAAAAAGAAUUACCUGGCCAAACACCAGAGAAUCCACGUCAGGCCGAAACUGUUCCAGUGCUCCGAGUGCGGGGAGAGCUUCAAUUUGAGAGAAGGGUUUAUACGGCACAGAGGGACGCACACCGGCGAGAAGCCGCAUGAGUGCACCCAGUGCGGGAAAUGCUUCAGCCAGAGGGAGAGCCUGAUCAGGCAUGAGAAGAUCCAUACGGGGAAGAAACCCUUCGAAUGCCCCGAGUGCGGGAAGAACUUCUGUCGGAGGGAUUCGCUGGUACGGCAUCAGAAGAUCCACACGGGGGAGAAGCCAUACGAGUGCCCCGAGUGUGGGAAAAGCUUUAACCAGCGAGAAGUACUGAUCCGGCAUCAGAGAAUCCACACAGGGGAAAAGCCAUACGGGUGCCAGCAGUGUGGGGAAAGCUUCACUCAAAGAGCCAUACUGAACAGACAUGAAAAAAUCCAUCUGGAAGAAAGAGACUUUUUGAUACUCUGA